UAUCCAUAAUGUAUUGUUUUCAGUAAUCGCGUGAACAGCAUAGAGGAAUGUCUCUCACACUGUUUCAUAUUUUGUAAUAAGAAAAUUAUUUACUACAUUGUUCGAAAAAAAUAAUUAGUUUAUCAAGUUAACUAUGCUAUAUUUAUUAUUAAUGAAAACUUAAAGUUUCGAUUCUGCUAAAUUCCUAAGAUAAUGUUCUUUGGGACUCGAUGGACAAAAUUUGCUAUUAUGUGGCUCAUAACAACUAACUUUGUUAAUUCUGCAUCCUUAAUAAAUGGAUUAAUAUGCUACAUUUGUAACCCACAGCCAUUAUCCGAUAAUACAGAAAGUUUUGAAACUCACAUAACUUUUCCAAGUAUUGAUAUUCAAACUAUACCAAUUUGUGGAACUAACGAAGCUAAAAAUUUUACCUUAAUAUGUCCUAGAAGAUAUCAAGGAUGUCUAACUAAAAUUUAUGGCAAUACAGUUUUGAAAACCUGUCACGAACAAGCAAUUGUUGAUUGCAAAAUUGCAAAUAAUGUAAAAUAUUGUUUUUGUGAUAGCAACAAAUGUAACAAUGAGACUGUUUUAUCAAUUCCAAUUAUAUCAGAUGAUGAAGAUUUAGAUCAAACCACAGAUGAUGGAAGUGGGUUAUAUGAUUACUGGACUGAAUUAAAUAACAAACAAACAAUAGUUCAAAAUAUUACUACCAAAAAGUCAUUAAAUUCUAUUUUUAUUCAAAAUGAACCAAUGUUUGAUAAUUCUAAUGCUGCAUUAGUUAAUGCUAAAACAUUUUUAGUUAUUAUUUGUAUAAUUUUAAACAAUGUUAUUUUAAAUUUGUGAAGUUUUACUUAUUUUAAUAUAUAAA